AACCUUCGUACAAAAUCCAAUGAUAAUGAAAGAAGAAACACUACGGAGAUUUAUAGUAAAGUUGCGAUAAAUUCGAUUGUAUAGUGAUAGUAGGUAACACUGAAAGACUUUAGUUUGCUUGUAAUCAUGCCAACCAUAGUACAGUGCAUCAUAAAAAGUUAUUUAGUUUUUGUUAGGUGUGUAUGACAAUAAGAAGUGUAGUAAGUGAUUGUGCGAGGUAAUGAGAAGACGGCGAGGGAGGCUGGCGGUGCAAGCGGCGCGGUGACUGCCCGCGCGCACGAUGCGGCAUGCGUUAGCGUUACUUGCUGCUGCCGCGUGCACCAUUGCCUCUGCGCAGCUUGCAUGGACACCAAUUUUUCUUGAUGGUAGUAGUCAAGUGGAUCUAUGGACCCAGUCUUCGACUGGGUGUGCGUGCCCAGGCGGCGACGGCGAGGACUGUGCGUGCUGCGUACGCGACGGUGCCUGCCCAUGCGGGGAUGUUGCACCCACGAGAUGUGCCCAAUGCGGCCUAGAACAGUACUGUGCUAACAUGUGCAACAUUACCAUCGACUCGCGUAUCCUCAAAAGCAAGUCUGGUAAAACGUUUGGGCAGAUCAAAUCACCGUCAAUCGAAGGUCCAGGAUCGUGCUCAUACAUCCUUCAACCUGAUGCUGGUCAACGGGUGGAGAUACAACUGUAUAGACUUGUAUCAGUAGGACGAUUUAAUGGUACUGGUUGCAUUGGAGGAUGGUUGCAAUUGGGCGCCGCGGGUGCAGUGCAAGGCAGCGCAGCUGAAACACGACUUUGUGGUGCCAACGAACGCUAUUCACCACCCGUUGUUCUGUUUGCUGAUCACGGCGCCUCAACUUUAGAAUUUAGGAUAACAGAAAAAACUGUGAGAUCACAGUUCCUUGCGUUCUUUAGCUUCACGUCGUUAAGCAACACUCAGGGCGUGGGGUUCCAUCCACGAGGCGGCUCCAGGAUACCACAUACAGAUUGCGACUGGCUAUACCAGGACGUGUCCUGUCGAGGCGCCGGGUCUUGUGUACUCGCAAGCCCCGGAUAUCCUGGACUGUAUCCGCCACACCGUCGCUGUCGCUACCUAUUCGCAACCAAUUCUGUUAAUACAAGGGUCAAAAUCAUCUUCACAUCUAUACUACUGCCUAGAAAUCAUUGCGCCACGGACUAUCUGACGCUACGUGCUGGCAACUCCCCUUCGGCUCCGUUACUUGGAUCGAUCUGUACCGAGAGAACUGCUACGUUGGAACAUCCAGGGCCAAACUUGUUAUUGGAGUUCAGCUCUGGACCGUUAGUCCCGCGGUAUGACUACAAUGGUUUCAUCGCCAAGUUGGAGUUUAUAGAGAGGGUCGAUAGUAGUGGUGCUCCGCCCACUGUAGUACCAGCGUCAGCACCUCUGGCAGCUCUCACUCAUCACGUACAAAAUGUGGAUAGGGUAGCGGUAAUAGACAGCAACUCAGCGACGAACGAAGUAUCACAUAACAAUGGCGGUGGUCGCAUUGGGUGUGGUGCUACUGUACGCGGGUACGGCCCCGGUGGUGCGCGCUCUGGACACUUCGACACUAGAGCGACAGCGUGGAGGUCGCAGUGUGUUAUACACUUGCUGGGCGCACCAACUGAUGUCGUCCAAGUGUCGCUAUUUAAUUAUAAUCUAAGGUUACAAAGUUGUCGAUCUCAUAUUGAGAUAAUAGAAGGUGUCCAUGAAUUUGGUGGCAGAGGAGAUAGAGGUGAUCGAUCAGAGAGAGGGGAUCGAGCUCUCCUAAGAGUUUGCGGGCCAUCUGUGAGGGAGGCAAGAGAUCCCUCGGGAAGGUUCCUCAUACGUCAAGCGGUGACGUCCAAAGGUGCUAAUUUAACCAUAUUGGUGCGACGGGCUACUUCGCAAAGCGUAGACGAAGAAGAAUUUGUUGAUGGUGCUUUUGCAUUUCACGACGAGCAACACGAAGGCACUGCAUCACCGGAUGCAACCUGUGCGGCAACACAUUAUGGGUUGGCUGCGCCCACGCACGGCGGGGUUGCAGCUCCCUCCCAUCAUCAUAUCUUUUGGAAUAUUGAAGAAAGAUUACUGUGCACUCACAGAUUUAUACCAGCUGCAAAUCAAAGCGUAACUAUUGAAAUUCAGCGGCUAGAACGCAUGUGGAGUGCAGAACCAACAGGCACAGUAGGCGCUGCCGGAUGCCGCACUGCAUGCGGUGACGCCGGCUGUGAAUGCCGAGCGAACACCCCUCUCCUUUACCACGAUCACAUCGCGCUCGUAGCAGGAGACGGAACUCAUCUGUCAUGCCUUUGCGGCGAUUUCCAGGCGGCGUGGUUGCCUGUAGUGGUACGCAGUUGGACCAGUGUCCGAUUGGAGUAUUCCGUGGCGCACUACACGUACGCCAGUAGGGGAUUCGAUUACGCGGCGGCGUAUAGUUUCAACGACGACUCUAUGUGCGGCCAGCGCACGUACACAACACAUUCUGGUGAAAUAUCGUCGAGGAACGUGUCUGUUACUGGGAGUCUGAACGAGUUUUUCUACCAGCAAUGUACUUGGGUCUUAGAUUCGAAUGUCGAAAGGCAGCUCUUCAUUGAUAUAUCCUCUGAACAGGAUAAAUCCUGUGGUUCAUGGAAUAUCACACUUCAUGAGUGGUCGGGCUCUGGUGCACAAAGCGAUUCAGGUCUGGCAGCAGCUGCCGGCGAGCUAUUGUAUACCUUUUGUGCCCGUCAUAAGAACCAUACUUACACACUGCCAUGGCGACUCAAUACUGUUGUUAUAAGGUUAGUUGCGUUAUCGCGUCAACAGCCGCUGUACAGAAUUCGUUGGAGAUCACAAGUGGUGCGAGCCAACAAUCGACUUGGGCCUCCGACGCCCGUCCCCGCUGCCUCUGCCGCAGCCGCCGGCCUCACAAAGUCUGCAGCCGUAUUCUUACUAACCCAUUUCCUAUGGGUGUGGAUGAUAAUUAGGAUGUCAUUACAACCAAUUCUAUAGUUUUUAAAACAAAACUACUUUAGGAAUCUCCAACAGCUGAUGUCUACGUGUACAUAAAUUAUUGUUAAGUGUGAGCGGAGAUGUGUAAAUAAUGAGUGGAUACAGUGAAAUAUGCCUUUUAUUAAUUAGUAAAUAGAUUUCUACGUUGGAUUAUAAAUAGUGUGCUCUAGAAGAGCAAGUGAACGAAGUGAUUCUAAACGAAAAACUAAAUUGGUAUUAUGUAUAUAUUUACGCUUGUUUUAUUAUAUCAUUAUUUGUAGGUUUCAUUUAUAGAUAUUGUAAUAUUCAUGUUUAAAUAUUUCAAUGGUUAAAUGCUUUUUUUGUUGAUUUAUUGACAAUAAAAGAAACGGUCAAUUAUAAAAUAAACGAGAUAUAAUCACGAUAUAAGUUCGAAGAUCAGUAUUUUAAAAUAAUAUUUAUUUUUAAUGGUGUGUACUUUUGUAUUGUUUGAUAAUACUUUGAUAGCAUAUAGUAUCUUUUUCCUAAUACAAAAUUAUGUAAUUAUUAUUACGGAAAUUAACAACGGAAGGCAGGACUGAUUUUUCUUUAUAUUUUUUGUUCAAUCUGAACUAGAGAGAAUUUUGUCUGAAAUCUAAAAUCUCAUGUCUAUACAAAGCAAUGAAAAGAAUCUGCCUGAAAAUGGAUGCUCGAAUUUACCCUUAUAAAUCAAAGAUAUUAUUUCAAUUCAAUAUUCUUCGAUUUGAGAGAUAUUGAUUUUACCCGAAGUUUUUUCUCCUCUCUAGAGCCUUGUUCACUACUAUAC